AUGGCGGUCAACACUGUUGAUGUUCAGUAUUCAGACGAAGAAAAAAUGUCUGACCAAGAAAGUGUGGACGAGGAUAAUCACAAUAAUGAUGCAAAAUCUGGUAAUGAAGGUUGGGCAGAUGCUAUGGCGAAAAUUCUCGGGAAGCAACUACCUGAAGAAAAGCCUGCAGUUUUAACAAAAUACAAAAAAGGAAACAAGAGAAAAUCUGAGAAGAAGGAGGAGAUAAAGCAGAAAAAGAAAAGAGCUGAUCAAAGACAUACAAUGUUUGAGAAGGACCAUGUAGUACCAGACAGAUCAAACCUGACAUAUGACAGAGAACUAGUUCAUAUUGCUACAAGAGGGGUUGUCAAGCUUUUUAAUGCUGUAAGUAAACACCAGAAAGAUACAGAAGCAAAACUUAAAAAGGCAACAACAGAAGUAAAAAAAUCGAAAGUGAUGGAAUCAAUGAACAAAACAGCUUUCCUCGAUUUAUUAAAAAGUAAUUCAGAUGAAAAACAAGACAAAAAGAAAAUGGAAACAGAGCUUAAUAAG